UUCUACUGCCACGGCGUCGGCAGAACUCCUCGGUCCAGUUCUUGCAUCUUCCAGGAGAUAUGGGAAGUACGGAUUGACGUCCACCGAUAUAGACACCACACAGCCUAGGAUACCGUCACCGGCACAUUCCGCAUCACUUUCAUGCACACUUUUCCUCCGGCGUUACUCCUUCCUCUCCUUCUCCUUUCACUGUUUUCCCUUGGGUCGCGGAGCAUUUGGCAUGGCGUUAGGAAGGGUUUACACAACAUGAGGGGCAGCUUUCUCGGAUCCAUCCAAAGACCGCCAGGCGUGCAGAUGGCGGGACUUAAAGAGGUACAUACAUACGUAAUAAUCACAAACAAUGGGUUGCGAUCAUGGGUAUUGUGAAAGGUACAUACAAUUUGGGGUGGAAGCUUUCUGCCUCUGGCUUUCUUGAGGUUACAUCAUUCCGGCAUGCUGCUGCAGCU